UGUCAGACAGCUUUCCUAUUCUGCGUACUCUUGGUAUCAGUUUCAGAACAACUAUUAGCAUGCUGUCAGUGUAAAGUUUCUUAUCAGGUAAUAUUAUUGUAUUGGUCCUCUUCUUCAGACGGGGUUUCUAGUGAUGGCGGCGGUCGUUGCUGUGUCAGCAGUACCUGAGGGUGGCUAUGGCGGACCAGGAUCGAGUGGCGCAAUAGGACAGAGUGGCCAAGCAGGGGGACAAGGAUCAGGAGGGCAAGGAUCAGGACAAGGAGGCCAGGCUCAGUAUGCACCCUCUCCAUUUAGAGGACAGGGAGGAGGAGGAGGAGAUUACGGCUACGCCCCCGCCAGUUACAACUUCCAGUGGGACGUUAACGACAGUCCCUCUGGCAACUUCUACGGUCACGGAGAAGAGAGGGAUGGUGACAACACCCAGGGCAGUUACUACGUACAACUACCGGAUGGUCGUAAGAUGGUAGUUAAUUACGUCGUGGAUCAGUUCGGCUACAACCCCACCGUCACCUUCGAGGGAGAGGCCCAGUUCCCCAGUGGUACUGGGCAAGGUACUGGGUCUCAGCAAGGUUACUACCAGUAGAUCACUCACACUUCCCAGCAACACUCUCAGACCAGUGGUACUGGUCAAGGUACCGGGUCCCAGCAAGGUUACUACCAGUAACUUAU